CUUCCUUCUUCCGUCCGUCCGACUCGGCGGCAGCAACAACAACUCGACUCGACUCGGCGUCCUCCCCCGCUGCACCCCCGCACUUGCCGAAGCAGUCGCAAGUCGUCUUCUCCCCGAAGCAACAACAACUCCUUCCUCUACCACGGCCUUCGCUUCUACUCCUCCCCAACCCCCCGCGCAAAUCCCCGAGGAGCACCACCAGCGACAAGUCGUGUUGCAUCUCGCGCGGAGAGGGGCCGGGGACUUCCGCGACGCACGGUUCUGCAUUUCUGAUCCGUGCAGGGCGGACCGACGAGAUGUUGGGGGAGCUGCUCUCCAAGGUCCUGCUCCUCCUGUUCGGGUACGCGAUGCCGGCGUUCGAGUGCUUCAAGACGGUCGAGGCGCGCCCCAACGACGCACACAUGCUCCGCUUCUGGUGCCAGUACUGGAUUAUCGUGGCCAUGGUUAUAGCCUUUGAGAGUGUGAUCUCUUGGAUGCCAAUGUAUGGAGAAAUGAAGCUUGCUUUCUUUGUUUACCUGUGGUACCCCAAAACAAAGGGCAGUGAUGUUGUAUAUGACACCUUUCUUCGGCCCAUUGUGAUGCAAUAUGAACCAAACAUCGAGCAGAGGUUACUGCAUCUGAGGGGAAAGUCUGGGCAGCUACUUAGCUUCUAUGUUAAGAACUUUGCUGACAAAGGGACGGCUUUCUUCAUGGACGUCUUGCGCUAUGUGGUUUCUGACAAAGCUGAAGGGUCCAAUCUAGAGAAGAACAAGAAGCAGUCUGGUUGGAGCCCCUUCGCGACGAAACGCCAGCCACCGUCUCCACCAUCAUCCCAGGGAUCUCUCUUCGACAACCCUGACGCCGCCGCCGUCGCGGAAGUUCUGCGAGCUACCAUCAACCCCAAACCCCGGCGACCUCACAAUGGCAAGGACUAUUAGGGGAGAUGGAUCGAGUCUUACAUCAGUUUUAAGGAGGUGGAUCGUGUACAUAGGGAUAGAAUGAUUCAAAGAUGGGAAAUUGAAAGAAGAAAUCGAUCGAGUACAUAGAAAGAAAAUCCAGCGAUUAACCCAAUGUGAACAAAUGUGAAUGAACAUGCAUGUUGUUGUAGACCUGUGUUGACUGUUGAUAGAAGAAAUAUAUUCUCUCUCUCUCUCCCGAUUAGUUUUGUUUUAAA